GAAAACGUUCCGAAAGAUUUUGGGAAAAGAUGGCAUUGACAUUAGCGCUGAUAUUGUGGUAUUGUGUGUUAUGCUGUUCGGGCGCUGCCCUACCAAUUGAUAAUUUAGCUGAUCAUAAGUUAGAUCGUCGUAUGCAAUGGAAUUAUGAGAAGCGACCUUUUUGUAAUGCUUUCACAGGUUGCGGUAAGAAACGCACUUCUGAACGUAUACCAUAUCCUAUUAUAAAACGUAAUCCAAUCGAGGCCGAGAAAAAUAACUUUAAUAAUGAUUAUGUAGCCGAAGGUCUUUCCGAUCUCUUUGAUGUCAAUGCCGAGCCGGCAGUGGAAAAUGUUCAAAAGCAAAUUAUGUCACAAGCGAAAAUCUACGAAGCGAUCAAGGAGGCAAGCAAAGAGAUAUUUCGUCAAAAGAAUCAACAACAAUUACGUAAUCGUUUGCGUCAACAGCGACAAAAGAUGUUAAACGAAGAGCAAGGUAAAUACAACGCGAAUGAAAAUUAUUAA